CCGCCACCUGAGCAGGACUCCAUUCCCAACUCCUGCCUGACAGCCCGUAGGUCACUGGCCCAGGCAGCACAAUCAGGCUGGGGUAUGUGCGUGACUGCACCUGGGCCAUGUCCUUACACUGCUGUGCCCGCAUCGCAAAGCCCUCCUGGUGCCCCCAACUUAACAGAUGCACUUCCUGGUUUGGACCAGGAAACCCCACCCAGUCCUGGGUGCUGGGACUCUGCUGACACUAGGCACAGGGAGCAUCUGGGAAGUACAGCCUGCCUGGUGGGGCAGGGCGGCUAUAGCACACCUGCCUGCUGGACACAGACUGGCCUGCGUGUCUCGAAUGAGGAAGAAGUCCAGUUCAGGUUGGCUUGAAGUUAACUGAAGCAGUCACCUGGCCUGCUCUCAUGGGCGGGGUCAGGGAGUCUCAGGACCAACAGAAGCCUUGGCAACCCAGUCACCCUGUCACAGCAACAGAGGUCCUUCCGCCAGCCAAGGACUGGCUGCCAGCAGCAUCUAGGGAGGCCCCUGCCUGGGCCAGCCCCGCAGAAACGGAGCUGAGUGAGGAGCAGCAGCUGCAGAUCUCCAAAGAACUGGUGAACCUGCAGAUCACAACCCACCAGCUGCAGGGGCAACACGAGGUGGAGAUCUUCGAGCUGAAGAGUGAGGUGCUGCGACUGGAGAGCCGGGUGCUGGAGCUUGAGCAGCAAAGAGAGCAGGAUGCCCUGGCAAAGGCCAAGUCAGGGAUGCCAGCCCAGGAGCUUGUACGCAUGGCCUGGAGCCAGGGACGCUCUGGCCACCGACAGCACCAGGCCCAGUCCCCGGAUGUCCUGAGCGCUGAGGAACAGGAGCCGGGUAGCAGUGUGCAUGCGCCGCCACAGGCCAGGGGGGGCAACAGGACAAGGGGCACGGAGCCUGGCUCUCAGCCUGUCCUGAGCUCAACACCGCAAGCAGAAGUGAGCAGGGCACUGGAGCAGCUGGGGGCCCGGCAGCUAGCACUGGAGAUGCACGUGACAGCCCUGGACCGGCAGCUCCAGGGAGCCCAAGCAGAUGCCAGGACUGCAGGGCAGCGACUAGCCACACAAGCUGCGGCGCUGUCCACUUGCCAGGGCCAGCUCCGCCAGGCUGAGGCUGAGAACUCACGGCUACAGCUGCAGCUCAAGAAGCUCAACGAGGAGUAUGCUCUCCGGCUACAGCGCUGCGCGAGAGACAUGGCCGAGCUGGUGGAUGGUGCUGUGCCAGCACCCACGGCAGCUGUUCGCCCAUUCCUGGAAGCAGCGCUGGAGGACAUGCGGGUGGCACACCGCAGCCGUGAGCAACAGCUGGCCCGUGCUGCCCGCACCUACCGCAAGCGCCUGGCAGAGCUGAGCAGCCGGCACGAGGAGCUGCUGGCCGCCCAUGGGGUGCAGCACAUGCUGGUGGAUGCGAAUGGGGCAGCUGGGACCCUCAAGGCUACUGAGGAUGCAGCCCUGUGGGGCCAGGAGCCAACAGCCCUGCACCCAGCCACUGGGCCCAGCCAACAGCAGGAGGCCCAGAAAAAAAACAAGGAAGCCCCCCAGGCAGGAAUGCCUGAGUCACAGUCACACCUAGAAGCCGCCUCCUCCUGGGACCAGCUCAAUCAGAAGCUGCAGGAUUUCUCCCGCGGUGCCCAGGUUGAGCUGGAGCGGGAGCGGGCCCAGCUGCUAGUCCGGGCCGCCAAGGCAGAGGAGCAGCUCUCGGAGCUCCAGGAGUAUGUGGACCAGCACCUGGGCAGAUACAAGCAGGAAGUCCAGAGGCUGAGGAAGCUGGUAGACCUCAGCAAAGUAAGAGCUGCACCUCCAACUCAGCCCCCAAGGACCCACAGCCACUAGUCAGAGCAGAACUGUCCCCAAGGAUGGAAGACAGACCCUGGGUUCCAGCUAUAGCACCAUUAAGAAACAGCAGGGACAGCAUGGCAGAGCUUCACAAUGGCAGGGUGGUGCUGUGGUGCCAGUUUCUCUCAAAAUGAAAUAAUGAAUAAACUUGAGAGGAUGUGAA